ACACACACACACACACACACACACACACACACACACACACACACACUUUUCCCCUUUUCCGUCUCCGGCGGAAGCCCCUCCCUGUUAGCCGUUAGCCGUUAGCUGUGUCACCGGACGACCGGAGGAGAGUCCUCGGUACCGGAGGGUAAAUCACGGAGCAGAGGCGGGAAUGAUCCCGGGGGAGCACGGCAGAGGCUCGCGCUGACCGGACAGCUUCUUCACGUGACGUCACGGUGCGUUAGGAAGCGUAAAAACUGAAUCUGGUCCUCCGUCUGCGGCUAGUCUCUCCUUUAUUUACUGGAGAAAACGGGACCAAACACCGCAGAAACAUCAACCGUUUGACGACCAUGAAAUCAUUCGCUGCUCGCCCUCGCCGUUAGACCGAGAGAGAGAGAGAGAGAGAGAGAAAGAGAGAGAGAGAGAGACAGGAUGGGGUUCGGUCGGGAUCUGAAGAAUUCCCACGAGGGAUUACUGAAGCUACAGGACUGGGAGUUAAAGCUGCUGGAGACGGUGAAACGUUUCAUGACGCUGCGAGUAAAGAGCGAUAAAGAGUAUGCCGCCCUGCUGCUCAGCAUGACUCAGCAAACUGAGAAACAGGAAGCAGCUGAUUACGUCAGCACUGUGAGCAAGUCGUGGUGUCAGGUGGUGCGCCAGACGGAGGCGUUGGGCCGGGUCAUGCGGAGUCACGCUGACGAUCUGAACUCCGGGCCGCUGCACCGAUUGGCCACGCUCAUCAGAGACAAGCAGCAGGUGAAGAAGAGCUACCAGAGUCUUCAUCACCAGCUGGAGAGCCACAACCACAAGGUUACCAGGAGUGACCUGGACAAAAUGAAGGCCACGUAUCGUCAGCUGAGCCGCGACGCUAACAACGCCAAAGAGAAGUACCUCGAGGCGCUGGCCAAAGGCAGGGAGGCGGAGCGAGCCCGGGAGCGUUACGACAAAGCGACGGCGAAGCUCCACAACCUCCACAACCAGUACGUGUUGGCGGUCUGUGGCGCCCGCACGCAGCAGGACGAACACCGGCGCCGCGCUGCUCCAGCCCUGCUCGACGCUCUGCAGAGGAUGCAGGAGGACAUGACGCUCGCCCUUAAAAGCAUCCUCCAGGAGUACUGUGUGAUGUACUUCCUGUGUAUUUUCACAGUAAAAGCAUCCUCCAGGAGUACUGUGUGAUGUACUUCCUGUGUAUUUUCACAGUAAAAGCAUCCUCCAGGAGUACUGUGUGAUGUACUUCCUGUGUAUUUUCACAGUAAAAGCAUCCUCCAGGAGUACUGUGUGAUGUACUUCCUGUGUAUUUUCACAGUAAAAGCAUCCUCCAGGAGUACUGUGUGA